AUGAUGAAGCAACGGCUGAAAGCGCUGCCAUCAUGGCUGAAGCUCGACUGGCACACGGCGAAGCUGACCGUAAAGACGUCUAUUCCACCCGCCGUCCUCGUCUGCGCCAUCCAGUCCGACGCGUGGAUCGCCUAUUUUGGCCAGAACGCCUACCUCGCGCCUAUUGCCGCCGCCAGCGUCAUGGCCGGCUUCCCGCAGGGCAUGAUGAUCGAGUUCAACGCCAAGCAGACAACCAUGUACGCCGUCGCGUACUGCUGGGCGCUGCUCGCCGGCUGGUGCGGCCUGCAGGCGCGAAAGCACACCACGGGUGCGUCCGAGGACCUGACGGCGUAUAACUCGUCGGCCGAGGCUGUCGUAGCCGUUCUGCUGGCAUUUGGUAUGUGGGUUGCGUUUACGGUUAAGUCGGCAUUCCCUUCCUGGAACAUUCAGGUGUCUGUUGCCGCCAUCCUGGCCAUUGCCGUUAUUCCCGCCAUUGCGCGGUUGCCCACGAUGCAUGCCAUUAUCGAAUCGGCAACAAAUGCGUUUGUGGUGUUUCUCACCGGCCAGGCCGUAGGACUCGUCAAUGCUCUGCUGAUUUUCCCGCAGACGUGCAGGGGUCUCUUCAAGAGAGACGCCAUUUCGUGCCUCGAUGCGUUGUGCGCAAUCAUGCAGGCGCAUGAUGCAUGCAUCGAAGAUGUUGUGGCAGGCACGGUACCUUGUUCUUCCUCGGAAGCCACCGGCAGCGAGUCAGUUGAGCAGCUGGAGCGCGCUCUUGAUCAUCUCGGCAACGAGGUCACCAAGGCGAACGGCCAUGUUGAGCACGCGGCGCGAGAGAUUUCGUGGGGCGCAUAUCAUCAAUCAGAGCUUGACACUGUGUGUGCGCUGUUGGUACAGCUCGUGCCGCCUGUUUCGGGGCUGAGCUUGGUGGCAGACAUGAUGCAGCGGGAAACGGAUGUGUUCGGCGUCAUUGGCCACCCAGAACAGACAAGUGUUGGCCGCGAGGAUCCUGAUGACCAGAUGGGACAGCCUCAAGAUGACUGGCCAGGUACAGAACUGGAAAUGCAAGAACAGCUGCGCAAGAUGACGGAGAUGAUCUCGACUGGCGCAGAGCAUGCCAAGUUGCGACUUCAACGAGGCCAAAAACGCAGUUGGAUGGGCACAGCAAACGAAAAGUCGGCUGACGAAGAGAGAAACAGCGCAACCAGUCCUGGCGGAUCAGAAUUUAUCGAAUACUAUCGUGACAUGUUCAAAGAGGAUGGCGACAAAAACUUGAGUCGUCAGCAAGUUCUUCAUCGCUAUGUGCAGCAUCGUCCACAGAUUGGAAAGAUGGGACGCGUGCCUACCAACAGACAUGCAGACACACUACGGUAUUUCGCGCUCCUGCAUUCACAAACUAUCCUGGCUGCUCUGGGGCGCAAUCUUCUCCGCCUCCUCAUCUAUCUCGACGAGUGCAACGCACGCCCGAAGCGACUGGUGGCUCCCAACUUUUUCUCUUUGCGUUAUUGGGCCGGAUUUUUCACUUUGACGAAAUUUCUUCCCAAGGAUACCCGACCACGGGAUGGUGGCACCAAGGUUGAGCUGGAUCCCGUGUUUCACAAGCCGCGGAAUCCGGAUCACCUGCCGCCCACCAAUGCUAUGGAGGCCGCGGGCGAUUACGUUCGAAGAAUCAACUCUGUGCUGCGUACUGACCAUGCUGCGUAUGGGCUACGUGGUGUUUGCGCCGUCAUGACGAUUGCUAUUGUUGGGUUUCUCCGCAACUCGCAAGAUUUCUACUUUGCCCAGCGCCUGUUGUGGGCACUCUUUGCCAUUUUGCUGUCCAUGGGCCGCACGUCGGGGUCCUCGACUUUUCUUCUCAUGGGGCGCCUGCUUGGAACCAUGGCGUCCAUGGUGGCGAGCUACAUAAUCUGGUACAUUGUUGACCAACGCACACCAGGCGUUUUGGUCUUUAUGUGGCUAUGGUUCAUGGUAAUCAGCUUUCUCACUUACGCAUCUGCUCUAGUCGUGCGAUUUCCUGCCCUUUUCAGCAUUUGGUUUGUGGCUCUCAUUGCAGCAAUUGUCAUGAUUGGUAUUGAGCUGCAAACGCAGCAAAUUGGUGAAAAGGUCGUGGAGCAGUCUGGCCAGGCUGUCUAUCCUCCCUACGUAAUCUUUCCUUAUCGAUUAGCCAUUGUUGCACUCGGCGUCAUUACCGGCUACAUCUGGACAAUUUUCCCUUACCCCAUUUCCGAACAUGCUGAGCUGCGAGAUAGCACAGCCCAAGUUUUGUACGAGCUGUCACGCUAUUACAUGUGCAUCCAGCAAACUGUCUUUGCACGUCUUCACCGCGAUCUUGGUGAUGCCGAUGAUGCGUCGAGUCCGAGUUCGCGACUACAGUCCGCACUUCGUCGGCUGUUUCUCAAGUAUCGAGGGUUGAGUACCAGUGCGAAGAGAUCAUUCGAGUUUCUCAACUGGGAAUUCUCGCUUGGCGGUCGGUUCCCAAAGAAAGCAUAUGGCGAAAUUCUCUCCAUUCUGGAUCGUUCGGGAAGCUACAUGGCGCUCACGAGCUACCUGUCUAAGGAAUCCAAGUCUCCUGAUGUGAUUGCGGCGUGCUGGGCCGAAAGCGCAACCGGGAUACCACAUAUUGAUGUGACUCCUCAUGGAAUCGCGUCAAGAGUCAUCAUUUUGCACUCUGCACUGGGCGAGGGCCAUCCAUUGCCUCCUGGCUUACACCAGCUCAAAGUAUCGAGCUUGUUCCAACUUCCGAGGAGUAAGCCCUCAAAGGACGACGAGUUUGCGAUUGCGGCAUUAAUCCACAAUGUCCAUUGGUAUUUCAUUCACGACGUGAAUCGCUUAACUGAGUUGGUAAGGGAAGUGGUUGGCGAAUUACGCUUUUCCUUCAUUGAUGAUCUUGAGGGUUCCUCGGCAAAUUCAAGCACAGGGACGGCAGAACCGGCAUCUGCCUCUGAACCGCCCCGCGUAUAA